AUGCAGAUUGGUGUCAUAAUUAAGUAUAAUGCUAGACUAGUUGCUCAGGGAUUUAAUCAAAAAUAUGGUGUAGACUAUGAUGAGGGUUUUGCGCCAGUCGUACGCCAAACAACGUUCCGUUUAUUUUUAACAAUUGCUGGAGAAUAUGAACUAAUGGUUAAGCACUAUGACGUUAAAACAGCAUUCCUUUAUGGCGAUCUCAAGGAAGAAGUCUAUAUGAAACAACCAACUGGAUUUAUUAUUGAAGAAGGAAAAUGUUGCAAGCUACAGAAAAUUUUUUUGAAGGAGUACUGGCAACACUGCUAUCAAGCAACUAAGACUCAGGAAACUUUUGUUGAGAAUUUGAUUUUAUAUAUAGUUAAUAUCAAUAAUGGGAGCUAUUAUUGCCGAUCGCACAAAACUCUUCUUGCGGAUAUUAAUUACCAACUGGAAUUCAAUCGGGUAAUUCCCGGCAAACCCGAUCAAGAUUAUCCCAUUCAUAGCACCGUUCCUAAAACAACUUUUUCUUGUAAUGAUAAGGUGGAAGGAUAUUAUGCUGAUAUCGAAAGUAGAUGCCAAGCAUUUCGUAUUUGCACUAAUACUGCGACAUCUUCUCAAGGUUUUGGGUUCCUAUGUCCUAAUGGAACUCUUUUUAGUCAAAAAUUGUUUGUCUGUGAUUGGUAUAGAAAUGUGAAGUGCAACGAUUCAGAGUUAUAUUAUAAUAAUAAUAUUGAAGUGGGAACUGAAUUUACCAUAAUGCAAACGAUUCGCCUUAUGAUGGAAUACCCUAUAAAGAUGCUUAAAGGAGAUUAUACUCGAUAUAUUGAACCACAUACAGAGAAAAACGUUACAAAUCAAGAGAACUAUAUUAAAAUUAUUUACGAUUAUGAAAAUCCAAAUCAAAACAAUAAAAGCAGCUUGUUGAUAAAUAAUUUAGGAGAGUUAUCACCUGAUUUUAAUCACAUAGAAAAAAACGAAACAGAACCAACUAAUGCUUUCCAAAGAAAUACCAUCAGUGAAAUAAACCUUGCUUUGAAUAUAAAUAAUUUGGCGGAAACAGAGGCAAUCAAUACAACAAUUCACAAAAAUCCUGAUACUUUAAAUAAACAGCCAUUUCGCUUUUUAAGUCAGGAAUUCUCUACUCAAAAAUUUCAAAAUAAAGAGGCAUUAACAAAAAAAAAUCUUUCAAUCGAUAUAAAUUCUCUAUAUGGCAACGACCAAACCAAAUAUCUCAAUAGAAGUAAUAGUACAAUAAAAUAUGCUGAACAUUUUAUUGACAAAAUUUCUACAGAGAGAAAUGCUGAGAACUUCGAAUUAGAUCCCGAAGAUGAAACAAGUCUUAAAAUAAGUAAUUCAACUGAACCAAAAUACGAUGCAAUAAAAGACAAUACAGAAUAUUUGCAGAAUUAUUCGUCGAAUCUUCUAAUAAAUGGCAUAAUACAGACUUCUAUAGAACCUAAAAUACACGAACAUAAUGCAACAGUAAACACAAAAAAACAUUUUAAAAACUUUUUCAAUAAACGAAAUUUGCAACAAAUGCUAAUUACAACUCCGAAGGUGCUCUUAACUACCACAACUAAAAAUCCACGACUCCAUUAUAAAUCGCUUACAAAUCGCCUACAUCCUUCUAUUUCUCAAACACUACACUUAAAAGAAAAAUCUAAGCAUGAAUAUUAUCCUAUUUCCAAAAAAAAUGUACGCAAUGCCAACACGGGGAGUAACAUUAUAAAUCAUGGUUCAGAAUUGUCAUAUCAGCCAACUUGGGAAAGUGUUCAAGAAAAUUUAAUGCGCUAUCAAAGUUCUAAUGGUAAUAUAUCUCAAAGUUCUAAAAGAUAUUUAAAUAGAAAAAGAACACCAUCAUAUUUUAUUGCAACAAAUGAGGAAAAAACUAUUUUAAAUUUGGAUAACAAUACGAAGGACUCUCUUUUUACUACUUAUGAGCCAAAACGAAUUCAUACGCAAAGAAAUUCAUUUAAUAAGAACGAUCACAGUAUUAAAAUGGCUAACUCUAGUAACGGUUUAUUAUCGAAUAUAUUCCAAAUUCAUCUGGAGCAUGGAAAUUCAUCAGUAUUUUCCGAAAAUUCAGUUAUUGCCGGUGCUCAGGAACAACCCAUUUCCAGUGUUUUAGAAGAAAGUAACAACAUGCAAUUAAAAAGUAGUUCGCAGAAAAAGUAUAUUAGUUUAGAAGAGUUUUUCAUUCGAAAAUUUGGUGACAAAACAUAUACUCAAUAAAUAUUUUAAGUAUC